AUGAAGGAUUUGGCAGCAAAACAAAUUCAGAAAUUAUACGAAUUUUUUAUUAAAGUGGAUGCUACACAAAUAGAAAUUAAUCCGUUUGCACAAAUUGAGGAUGGGAGAGUUUAUUGUAUUGAUGCCAAAUUAAUAUUUGAUGAUAAUGCCGCUUUUAGACAAAAAAAUAUUUUUGAGUUGAAUACAUGUGAAGAAAUGAGUCAGAAUGAGAUUUUGGCCAAAAGAUUUGGUUUAAGUUAUAUUCCAAUGGAUGGAAAUAUUGCUUGCAUGGUUAAUGGUGCUGGUCUUGCAAUGGCUACAAUGGACAUUAUAAAGUUACACGGUGGUGUUCCAGCUAAUUUUCUUGAUGUUGGUGGAAGUGCCACAGUAGAACAAGUUUCAAAUGCUUUUAAAAUUGUUGCUUCUUCUACUGAUCAAAAAAUCAAAGCUAUUUUUGUUAAUAUAUUUGCUGGAAUUUUGAGAUGUGAUAUUAUUGCUGAAGGGGUUAUUGCUGCUUGUAAUGAACUUGAAAGUAAUAUACCUGUUGUUUUGAGACUUAAAGGAACUAAUGUAGACAAAGCAAAAUUAAUGUUAAAAAAUGCUUCUCAACUUAAAGGCAAAUUUGAAUUUUAUGAAUCAUUUGAAGAUGCUGCAAAACGUGUUGUUGAAUUGGCUGGUGGAGGGGGGAAUAAUGAACAGGUUAAAAAAGUGAAGGAAUGUUGUGGUAGAUAA